GGCGAUCGUGUCUUGUGUGUAUAGUUACUGUAGUCCAUUCUUCUUCUUACCAAUAUUUAUUAUUAUAAUUAUAAUUAUACCGAAACCUACCUCUUGAGAUCAAGAGAGAGAAUGUAUCGGCGGGCGGUAGCGAAAGGGUUACGAGCAAUUAUUAGCGGCAAUAAACAAACAAUAACCACCUCUCGUUGUUGUUCUUCUCAGAUUAUCAGAAAUCCAAAUCAUCAAAUCACAUCUCGUCAUCAAAUUGGAAGUUUUGGUGGCGGAGGAAUUCGUUUCAUAUCAUCAGAAGCCCCACCUCCGCCGCCGCCUAUCAAAAGAGAACCCGAAAUACCCCCAAUUAUAUCAUCAGGAAAUGGAUUGGAAUUCCAAAAUAUCAAUAACAAUAAUUCUUUUAAUGAUUCAACAACAUCAAAAGGAGAUAGGAGGAGGAAAAGGAACGUUAGCACUGGCAGUUACGAAGAUGAACAAUCUCGAGUCCUUGCUGCUUCCCUUCUCCACGUGAUGAAGUUGGGAUGGAGCGAAGCAGCGUUGAUUGCAGGUGCUAGGGAUGUUGGUGUUUCCCCUUCCAUUGUUGGUUCUAUUCCACGUAAACAAGCUGUUCUUGUUGAGUAUUUUAUGGACCAGUGUUUGCAGCACCUUAUUGACGUCAUUGACUCCGGUGACUUAAAUUUACAAGACUUGGUACCAAGUGAGCGCAUAGCAAAGCUUGUCAAAUUCAGGUUACAAAUGCAAGCUCCAUACAUAUCCAAAUGGCCUCAAGCUCUAAGCAUUCAGGCUCAACCAUCAAACUUCCCUACAAGCUUUAAACAACGAGCAAUGCUGGUUGAUGAGUUCUGGCAUGCUUCAAAUGAUGAAGACACCGGUGUGGAUUGGUACCUUAAGCGCACUGUUCUUGGUGGGAUAUACUCAACAACUGAAGUAUAUAUGCUCACUGAUAACUCCACAGAUUUUCAUGAUACAUGGCUAUUUUUGAAUGACCGAGUCAGAGAUGCCUUUGAUUUAAAGAAGACAUUUCAAGAGGUAAAAUAUUUUGCAGAAGCUGUCGGGGCAGGGGUGGGAGGUUCAUUCCAAGGGUUUAUGAAGAAAAGUGGUUAGAUUGGAUCUCUCAUCCAGAUUUACUAAGUUUUCACAAGCAUCAUAUUUGCUAGCGAUGGUAGCAUAAAAGUCUGACUUUAGGUUUCAGUUGUCAUUUCUUUCAAUGUCAUUGUUUAUUUAUGCAGAAAAUAAGAAAAAUGGUCUUCCAAAUGUAUCAAGUAAAGCUAGUACGUUGUUUAAUUGCUUACCUUUUUUGCGGCGUGAAGGAAUAAAGUAUCUAUAUAUGUUUAUUUCGAGUA